AUGCAAUUACCAUUGAUCACAGAUUCAAAAGAUGCUAUUAUUAAAGUUACUAGUGUUGGAAUUUGUGGUUCUGAUCUAUAUUUAUAUCAUGAAGAAAUCAGUGGUAUGCAUCCAGGAGAUGUUCUAGGUCAUGAAUUUAUGGGUAUUGUCGAUGAUAUUGGAAACGAUUUCAAAAAUAUUAAAAUCGGUCAACGUGUUAUUGUAAGCGCAGUCAUUGCUUGUGGUUACUGUGAAUAUUGCAAGACAGAACAAUAUAGUGCUUGUGACAACACUAAUCCAAGAAAAUCCAUGAAAGCACUUAUUAGUUAUCGAUGUGCUGAUUUUUUUGGAUAUUCUCAUUAA